AUUUUAAUAUAACCUGUAACAGUAAUGAUAUUAACCUAAAUGAAUUGUAAUAUGAAACAAAGGUUAUUAAUAUAUCAACAGUGUGCUCUAAGACAUAAUAAAAAUGUGUUGUUUCAGCAAAAUCUUGUUUAGUUAUGACAUUUAAAAACAAUCAGCUGUAUUUUUAAAAUGACUCGAUUUACAAGAGCACAAGGAUCUAAGGCAUCAAAUAUACGUGAACCUGAAGAAAGUACGCCAUGGCAUAUCAUAAAACUACAAUUAGAGGAAAAGAAACACGACAAGUUUGAAGAUAACACAGAAGGAUAUUCGUAUAAAAAUUAUUUAGAAGAUAAUUCUGAAGAACCUCCAACAAAAUGGGUUGAUUUUUCUGAUGAAGAAAGUGGAGCACAGGAGAAGAAAGUUGAUAUCAAGAAUCACAGAAAUAAAAUAAAUAAUAAACACAAAAAGCUUAUAAACAUUGAUGCACAAAUUGAGAAAAGUGAAGCUCUGGAAUGGGAUUCCUCAAAAAAGUUAUUCCAAAAUAAAAAACAAAUGGCAAAAUUAACCAUUCAGCAAGGAAACACCACAAAAUUAGAAUAUGUUGAAAAUAAUAGUAAAGAAGACGUAAAAAGAAGUAAAAAACAUAAAUAUCAGGCAGGUAAAGAGGAAGGUCAGGAAACUGAACAGCCUGGAACAGAAAAUAUAUCAAGCAGGAAGAAAACAAAAAAGAACAAGGAAAUAAAAGCAGAAAACAAAGUAGUAGAAGAAGAAAUAGUUAGCAUAUCAAAAAUUGAAAGUAAAAAUAAUAGGUUAUAUAAAAAUAACGAGAAUGGGUUAAAAAAGAAACAGAAUAAACUGAGAAAAUCAGACAAAAAGGAAGAGAACAAAAAAAUGUUUCACGGUAAAAAACUCAAACAAAAUGAAAGAAAUGAUAAAUUUGAAAACAAAAGGACAUUUAAAAAUGGAAAAGAAAAAAAUCGCCGUAAACCGAGACUAGAAGAAUGUGUGAUAGGUGGAAAAAAUGUUAUGCUAAUGUAUAUUGAUGGAUUUCCAGUUAAAAAAGAAGAUGGUGAAAAACUUAUUCAGCUGCGAAAGGAUCUAAUUAGUAAAGGGGUUCCAAGGAGUGAAAUAGAGAAGGCUAUGAAAUUGGAGAGAAGAAGAGCUGAGAAAGCACUUGCAAGAGAAAAGAAAAAGCUCUGCUUCAACUGUAGAAGAUCAGGACAUGUUCUUUCAGAAUGUCCAAACAUUUCAAUGGACAUGACAGAGACAACAGCAACUGGCAUUUGCUUCAAAUGUGGCUCAACCGAACAUACACAUUUCGAAUGCAGAGUUGUAAAAAAUGAUUCUUACAAAUUCGCCCAAUGUUUCAUAUGUAAAGAGCAGGGCCACAUUUCGAGACAGUGUCCUGAUAAUCCCAAAGGAUUAUAUCCACAAGGAGGAGGAUGUAACAUAUGUGGAGAUGUAACACAUUUGAAGAAGGACUGUCCUGCCUAUGUGACACAACAACAGGAAAACAAAUUAGUGGUAAAUACUAUAAAUGAUGGCAAUAUUGAAAAUAUAGGCCACAACUUUAAUUUAAAAAAUACCAAAAAUAUAAAAAAGCAAAAAAUUGUAAAAUUUUAAUACAAUUUUUGUCAAAUGCUUACGUUUCCAUUAGAUGUUUUUCUUCUUAAGGUAUUUUUACCUGAAAGGAUAUUUGUAAACAGAAUAUACAUCUCUGCU